CAUUAGUGGCGGCGCUUCGUUUGUCAGGCAGCGCCAUUGGGCGGAGAAGCUGCGCGCUCGGCUUUUUUUGUUUUUUGUUUUCCCUCCCUGCCCGCCUCGGCUGGCCCUGUGGCUGGAGGCGGCUGAGCUGGGGCUCCCAGCCCGUUUCUCCUGCUCGGCGCUCUGGUUCCCCCACCGAGUCUCUCGCUUGAGGGCGCCUCCGCCGCCACCACCACCUCAGCGCCGAGAUGUUUGACAAGACGCGGCUGCCUUAUGUGGUGCUGGACGUGGUCUGUGUGUUCCUAGCUGGCUUACCCCUUGCUGUUCUAAACUUGGCAAAAGUAAAGCCGUAUCAGAGGGGCUUUUUCUGUAAUGAUGACAGCAUCAGCUAUCCGUUCCAUGACAGUACCAUCACAUCUACUGUCCUCUACACAGUGGGGUUCACUGUCCCCAUUUGCUCUAUAAUCAUAGGAGAGGCCCUUUCAGUAUAUUACAACUGCUUGCACUCUAAUUCAUUUGUGAGAAAUAACUACGUUGCUGCUAUUUACAAGGCUUUGGGGACAUUCCUUUUUGGUGCAGCUGUUAGCCAAUCUUUGACAGACAUUGCCAAAUAUUCAAUAGGUAGAUUGAGACCUCACUUUCUGGACAUAUGUAAACCAGAUUGGCGUAGUUUCAACUGCAGUGAUGGUUACAUUGAAAACUUCAAAUGCCUUGGAGACAAAGUAAAGGUUAACGAAGGAAGACUGUCAUUUUAUUCUGGACAUUCGUCAUUCUCCAUGUAUUGCAUGCUGUUUCUAGCACUUUAUCUUCAGGCCAGAAUGAAAAAUGACUGGGCAAGACUUUUGCGUCCUACAAUCCAGUUUGGACUUGUUGCUUCAUCCAUUUACGUGGGCCUCUCCCGUGUUUCUGAUUACAAACAUCACUGGAGCGACGUAUUGACUGGACUCAUCCAGGGAGCAAUAGUAGCAACCCUUAUCGCUGUGUAUGUCUCAGAUUUCUUCAAGGAGAGAGGCCGUACAUUUAAACAAAAGGAGGAAGAAGAUUCACAUACAACUCUACAUGAGACGCCUACCAAUGGAAAUCACUAUGGCAGUAAUCACCAGCCAUGAUAUGUGCAAGAGCUAUUAUCCUGUGGAAUCUCCUGCUAUUUAAAAGGAAAAUUUCACAAAUAUUUCUGAUCUCUGUACAAAACAAAUAAAUGCCUUUUGAAGGGACUGCUGCUGCUAUACCUCUAAAGUGCUCACUUUAUAUGUAUAUAGUUAACAACAAUGUAUCUAAAAACCUCAAAUUUCUAUUGGUUCAAGCUUAUGCUUUAUAAACACAAUAUCCUGACUAUUUUUUUUAAUUAAAAUAAUGUAUAAUACUUAUUACAAACAGCAAUGGAAUACAUUCAAAAUAAGAAUAUGUCUUGCUUGGGAGGAGAAAGCAAUGGUCAUUUUAGUGGCUCUUUUUUGGAGUAACUGCUGCAGAAUGAAGGCUGUUCAGACACCACACAUUCUUCUUAUAGAUAAAGACUUGCAGCAAA